AUGCCACACCGCUCUAUUUAUCGCCCACAGGAUAUUAAAUUACAGAUAAUCAAAGAAUGAAUAAAAGAAGCUUAUUUCAAAUUCGAGACCAAUGUAAACUACGCUUCUUUAAAAGAAAAUCUAUCUUCGCUUCAGCAUCUUAUCUUAGAGCACUCUUCUUUUCAAGAAACUCUCCUUGAUGAAGCGAUAUCUCUCACUGAAAACUUAGGUGAUACUCCACGAUUUUUAUCUGCAAACCUUUUGCAAACUCAAAAAGGAAUGGAAUUCGACCAAAAUUCAAAUAAUCCAUUUGAAAGUUGCAAACUCCUAAUAGCCUCACUGUCAGAAGAUAUCAACAAUUUAAUAGAUAGAGAACACAAAAUUAUUGAAUACUACAGAGCUUUUGCAGAAAAAACUCAAAUGGGGGAAACAGUGAGAAAAUCAAUUGAAGACCAAGUCGAAAAUUUGUGACAAUCCCCAGAUAAAGUAAUCGAAACAGGUAGAAGUAAGGAAAAUGAAUGACUAAAACAAAGGGUUCUUGAAUUAGAAAAUGAAUUAAAAGAGAUGAACUUAAUUAUUGAUGAAAUGAUAGAGGAAAAAGCUGCAUUAAAACAGCAGCUUGAUAUACAUAAAAUGGCCUGUGACGAGCGAUCUGUACUUCCUGUGGUGGCUUCCUUAUGCAUAUCCGAGUGGGUUAUUUGUUGCAAGUAGCUGCCCAAGGGUUGGAUUAUCCUCAAGGUGAGAGGCCCAACACUAUUUCUGCUGUUUAGUGGCCUGGCUUUGAGAGGCAGCUUUUCAUCUUUUUUACCAGAAACUGGCUCGCCAACGCUAUCACGGGUAAGUCUCUCCAGUUGAAAAGGUCCGAUAGCAAGGGCGAUCUGGCCAGGGGUUACUAGGGUUGACGCAGGAGAGCAAAAGCUUGGGCUGGGAAUUGAGAUUCGAUAAAAUCCUCAAAGGGAGGAUCAAAUAGGGAGACCUCUACCAAGAAACUGGGAGUUUCGACCCGUCUCAUGCUAAGUUGGAAGUGCCUGCAUGUUUCUGCCAUCCCACUGGUAGCAUUUGGCGCUGCUCCAUUGGAAGUUGAGACUAUAAAUACCCAGCAUAAAUCUAAUCUGAUUUAAAACAGCAGCUUGAAAAGCCAAAGAUAAAAGACGAAUUUUCUUGCAAAAAGUGUUCAGAUUUAAUUGAUGAAGUUGAUGACUUAAAAUUGGAAGUUGAAAGCAACAGAAAACAAAUUAAAUCUUUAAAAGUAGAGCUUUUAGACUCUGAAAGAGAGCUACAAAAAAUAUAUAAAGAAGAUUCUCAUAAAUCCUCAAAAGAUAUUUCCAAUAAAGAAAUUCUUAAGGAAAUCAGACAAAAAGAUGCAAUAAUACAAAACUUAUCUGAAAAACUGAAAGAGACUGAAAUCUCUAAAAAUUCUUUGCAAAAAGAUGUCGAUAACUUAAGAGAUCUUAUAGAGCAGCAAGAAGGAAGCUUUUCUGACUUGCUGCGUCAAACAAGAGAUGAGGAAGAAAAGACUAAAAUGUUAGAAGCUAAUUUAUCAGCAAAUUUAGAAGAAUUAAGAAUAAAAACAAGCCACUUGGAAAAAGCACAGAAAAUGAUUAUCAAGCUGAAGGAUGAAUUGGAUAGAAUGAUUGAAGAGCUUCAAAAUGCAGAGUCAAAAGUAGAAAAAUUGCAAAAUUCUGUACAAGAACUUGAAGAAGAAAACGUUCAAUUAGCUAACCAUAUAGAAGAGCUAAAAGCAGCAGAGUCAAAAAUGCAAGAUAUUACGUUACAAAAUAAUAUAGAGAGCUUAAAAGAAGUCCAUUGGAAUGAGCAGCAAAAAUUGAAACGAAAAAUAUCGCAAUUAAAAGAAGAAAAAGCAGGAUUGGAAUUAGCUCUUGAAGAGCUUGAAAUCAAACUUAAAGAAAUCGAGAAAUUCAGUCAAAAACGAGCUGAAAUUUUUAAUGAGAAUUGCCAAAUAAUACAAGAGCUAGAAAACACAAUUAAGGAAAAAGAACAGAUUAUUAAAAAUUUAAAGGAUGACAAUCAAACAAGAGAUUCUGAACUUCUGGCUUUAAAGCAUCAUGCAAAAAAUGUUUUGGCACAUUUAUUGCCUAACUCCCCCGCUCUGUGAGUGAGUGAAUAAAACAAUUUUGUUCACUCACGGAGGGGGGUUAAUUUUUUUUUUUUUUUUAAAAGUUUGUUAUAAAAAAUUUUUUUUUUCGGAAUUUAAAAAAUCCUAAUUCGCAAAAAUUGGAAAGCAAAUAUUAAUUUAAUUUAUAAAAUUUAUGUUUUAAAAAAAGCAAUUCGUUUAAAAUUAAACAGAAUAAGCUUUAGAUUUCAUUAUACUAAUUUAUCACUUAUAUAUCAAUUUUUUUUUCCAUAAAAAAAUUUUCUAUUAAAAAAAUUUUUGUUCACUCACAGAGGGUGGGUUUUUGGGCAAAAAAUAGCGAUUUUUCUAAUGGUUUUUGUUCAUUCACGGAGGGGGGGAGUAAGGAAGAAGCAGAAGAAGACAAAAUUGAAGAAGACUUAAAGACUCAAAUAAUUUAUAAAAGACCAAGCAAAAUCAGGCAUACCAGAGCUGCAUCUAUGGAAAAUAUUGAAAUUAACAACAGCGUUUUGGAAAGUCAUACUAAAGAAGAAAACAAAACAGAAGAAAAAGUCAAGAUAAGUGAAAUGAAUCUAAUAGAAGAAUUAGAUAGGGCUUUCUAUCGAGAAAAGAAGUUAAAAGAGGUUUUGUUAAGUUUUGUGAACAAAGAAGCAGAAAACAUAAAAAGCUCAGUAGUGGUUGCAAGCGAUAAAGGAGAUAGCAUAAGAGCAGAAAUUGAAAGCUGGGCGAUGAGAUGCGAAGAAUUUAAACAAAAGCUCUCUGAAUCAGAAGAAACUGUAUCAGUUUUAAUGGAUAUUAUCAAAGAUUAUCAAAGAACAAUUGCUGCUAAAGAAAAACUUUCUAUUGACAAAAUAUCAAACGAAAGAGAAAUCCAAAUUAACCUUCAGUCACAUCUUGAUUUUUUGCAAGAAGAAAUAAAGCUCCUUCACGCUAUAAUAAUUGAUGAAAUAAUCCCAACCUCUGAGAAAACCUUUUCGUCUGCUUUGUCUUCUGCUCACAUGAAGCUUUCUUCUUUGAAAAAUUAUUUACGAGCCCACUCUCUUGAUCCUUCUUACAUUCGCCAUUCAAGUGUGCAAGUGAUUCAGCUAAAGAAAGACCUAGAAGAUGCUAGAAAUGAUAUUCUUGAAAUCUAUCACGUGUUUUCCUCGAAAUUUAAAGGCUCUGCAAUUUCAAGCUUAAAUGGCACAAGAGAACUUUUAGGGGAAAAAUUAAAUAAAACUGAAGAAAUCACGAAAAUGCCAAUAGAAACUUCUGACUUGAAGAGAGAAAUAAUUACAAAAAUUAGAGGAUUGAAAGGAGAAGAAGAAAAAAAUGGAGAACUGAAUCAAGAUAUAGGAAAUUUGCAUGAAAAAUUAAGAGUUUUGAAGGAGAGUAUGGGCGAAAGAGAAAAACUGUGAAAUAAAGAGGUUUUCAGACUCCAAGAGCAAAUAAAACAAAUAAAAGAAAUCGCAUCUGAGGACAACAGCGAGAAAAUCAAGCUUCAAAAUCAAUUAGAAGAAGAAGUGAAUUACUAUAAAAACCAAGUUGCAGAAUUAAAUUCUUAUAUAUAUAAACUGAAAGAUAAGAAUGAAAUCAUUCAGCAGUUGAAAAUGAAAGACUUGAAAAUUCAAGACUUGCUCUCCCUCUCUGUGAGAAAACAAAAUAAUUGGAAAGUUCAUGUUUUUGGUGCCAUCUCAAUGAGCUAGCAAAAAAUUUUUUUAAUGCAAAAUGUUUAUGAAAAAUAUUUUGAUCAAUAAGCGGUAAUUAGUAAAAUCUUGAUUAUUUAUUAAAAUUUCAACAUCUGCAUUUAAAAAUAAAUUUUAGAAAUAAAGCUAAUUCUUGCUUUACAAUUUUGAAUUGAGAUUUUUUUAGAUUUCAUAAAAACAAUUCUCUAAAAUUUUAUGUAUAAAUUUUUUAAUUAAAAAAUAAUCUCCUUUAUGAGCCGAACAAAAUAUUUUUGUUUGCUCACGGAGUGGGGAAAUUAGAAAAUGAGCUGCAGAACUGUUCAGUAACUAUUAUCAAUCAGAAAAAAGAAAUUGAAAUAUUGGGCACUUAUUCUAAACCUGAAAAAGAGGGUUCUAAUAGCAAUAGGUCUUUUAAUGAAUUUCUUCCUCCAAAACUUCAAUAUUUUCAUCAACGAUCUCUCAGCAAUCACUCAAGAAGAGAUUUAGAAAAUUUGGAUAAUUCCCAAUCAAAUAACUACAAUAAGCAAAUUUAUGAGCUUCAAGACAAAAUAUCUCAGCUUGAGCAAAAAUUAUCAUAUGAGAAUUCCAAUGUUUUGCAGCAAGAAUUAGAAAAAAUAAAGAAAAAGAAAGAGACCGAUAAAAUAAGCUUCCAGAAAAGGGUCAAAGAAUUCGAAUUGAUUUUGCGCUACCUGGAAGAAAGAAUAAAUAAAGUGACUUCACAUGAAGAAAGUGGGAAAUCAACUAAAAUGAAUUCUCUUAUUGAGCAACUUUCAGCCAAAAAUCCGACAUUUUGCUCAUGAAUUAAUACACUAUGCUCGAAAUUAGAAAACUAUGCAAUUUCGUCAGAAAACCAAGCUAAAAGAGAAUUUAAUUUUUAUUUGGAAGCUUCUAAAAUAUUAUCCAAAAUAUCAUCCAUGGAUUAUGUUUCCUCCCAAUUUCAUGCUAUCACACAGGACCUUGUAGAAUCAGGAGUUUUGAACUUAGACUCAGUUUCUGCUAAAUUUUUGUCAGGGCUGAGAGGAUGCUUGUUAGCUGUUAAGCCUAUAAAUAGCCAAGAAAUCAUUGAAAAAAUAAAUUCGCUGUAUGACUUGAUAAAUGGCGAAGAUAGGCACAUCAGCGAAGUAUACGAAAAAAUUUCAAAUGAAAAAGAAAAUCAAGAGCUGAAUGAAAUUUAUAAUUAUUCAGCAAGUGCGCUGAGGAGAAUAAUGCAAGAAGCUAGCACAAUUGUUAACAUAUUAUCACAAAUUUAA